CCGCAAUGUGUAAAAAAUGUAAUCCGCACCCAACAUUCUCUCUCUCUCUCUCUCUCUCUCUCUCUCUCAGGCCUUAUUGGAAAAGAAAAAGCAAAGGUCUGGUCCUUGUCAUUACUUCAACUUCAGCUAAGAUGAGAAAACCACUUUUUCUGACCUCUCAGAUGUUUUUGCUUCCUCCCUAGCUUUCUUGGCCCUCCUCCUCCUUCUCCCUCUCUUUGCUUUCUCUAAUGGCUGCUACUGUUUCUUGAACUACUAGUUCCUUGGUGUACAAUGACUCAAAACCUUGCAUUUCUAGGGUUACUCUAAGCUUAUUAUUUGAUACAUCCUAGGGCAAGUUACAGAUUUUUACUCAAAACCCAAGUUGCCUUCAAAGGAGUUAAUUAAUAGACUACUAUUUUGUUAAAUUUUGUUUGGUGAGCAUGGAGGAUUUGUAUAGACUUGAUGAUCCUAUAAUCUCGUGUUCUAAUGGUAUUGCAAGGGUGAAUAACUUUGCUGCACCAAACUUUACUGCAGCUGAUUUUCUCAGUCCAGUUGAUCAUUUACUUCAAUUUGAUGAUCAAGAAGUUGAUACAGAUGCCACUGGAUCCCAUAUGUCUGGUCUGAUCAAGUCCCAGAUCUCGAAUCACCCUCGUUAUCCAAACCUAGUAUCUGCUUACAUCGAAUGCCAAAAGGUUGGAGCACCGCCUAAGCUGGCCUCUCUUCUUGAAGAAAUUGGCCGUGAGAACCGGUCUGUAAAUGUUUGCAGUGAGAUAGGAGCUGAUCCUGAACUGGACGAGUUCAUGGAAUCAUAUUGUGAGGUUCUCCAUAGAUACAAAGAAGAGCUAUCAAAGCCAUUCAAUGAAGCGACAACGUUCUUAAGCAACAUCAAAUCACAGCUAAGUGAUCUCUGUAAAGGAGCACUGACAAAGAACUUGGAUUAUCCCUUUGAUGAAGGUGGUGGGAGUUCUGUGGAAGAGUUAAGUGGUGGGGAGGUAGAAGGUUUUGAAAAUCAAGAUGAGUGUGGAAGGCAGGACAUUAAAGGAAUGCUGAUGCGCAAAUACGGUGGCUAUCUCAGCAGUUUGAGGAAAGAAUUCUUGAAGAAAAGGAAAAAGGGUAAGCUACCAAAAGAAGCAAGGGUCACACUGCUUGAUUGGUGGAACAAUCAUUAUAGAUGGCCUUAUCCAACGGAGGAGGAUAAAUUGAAAUUAUCAGAGAUAACAGGACUAGAUCAGAAGCAAAUCAACAAUUGGUUUAUCAACCAGAGGAAGCGGCACUGGAAACCUUCCGAGGAUAUGAAAUUCGCUCUCAUGGAAGGCUUUGCCGGAGAUCCUAUGCACUUCGGUCAUGGAGUUGGUCCCGGGAGUGAUAAUAUUUGUUGAAAAGACAACUGCAUUUUUAAAGCAUCCUUUUAUGCGUUAGUCCAUAAUAUCCCACACAUGUAAUUGUUGUUAUUCUUCAUCUGUUAAAUAUAUAUUCUUUGAAGUUGUUAGAUCA